AUGAAGUUUUCUCUGAGUUUUCUGAUUGCUGGUUCCAUCUUCUAUGCCAAUCACGCUUUGUCGGCCCCUAGUCCCGACCCCAAGGCCGCUUGGGUUCGCCAGGGCAGGGCAAGGAAGGCUGCGUUGAGAAUCGGAAAACGCUGGUUAAACGAGACGUCGGCACAACCGACUGUCACCUCGUGUUCGGAUAACGACUAUACCAAGACGUUGGCUCCCAAAGCCAACGUUUGNGGAGGCUUGACCGACGUCGAAGCCGCCUCAAUCACCCAGUGGUUAUUCGCUCAGUCAGACUUUAACCUCACUCUUAGUGAUGACGCCGGCGAAUGGGACAACACCAUUCUCUUGGUCGAGCUCAUGCACCCAAACAAGACCGACGUCUUGAACUAUUUUGAUAACGCUGGACCGGUCCCAUCCCGAUAUGCUCACGUCGUCUUGGACCAUCGAUCCUGUGAGGAGCCCUACUACGAGGAUCUUUUGGUCGGCCCGAUCGAACCGUCUGGUGUCAAGAAUGGCACAACCAGAUGGGAGCCUCUCGAAUAUCCUUACACUCGUAAGACAGCUGGCCGUGUGCGCAAUCUCGAUGCUGAUUCUGAUGACACUCUCUACACUCAAUGGAUAUACAAGAUCAGUGCUACCAUUUCAGAUAUCACACUCGACCUCUGGGGAGGAACCGCUCUUGGGCAUGAUAACGAUACCCUUUCCAUAUGGGGCAUCGAUCCUCUUUGGCAAGAUGACGGACGCGUCGUUCGAUGGGAUGCUUUCUGGUCCAACACAAUCGACAACUUUGACACACAAACACUUCUGCCACUUGGUCUUUACUUCAGGAGUGAUGUGACAGGACGCGAUCCUAGUCAAUGGAGAUUAGAAGGCUGGUACUACAAUGGUAUCUUCUACGAUACGACUGAUGCGUUCCGGAACGCGUUCUACACGCCGGAAUUCGCCAAGCUGGGAGCCAACGUUGAAGGCGACUGGGCACGAACCGACCAGAACGGACCCUUGCUCCCGCUUGACACUUCCCACCCUCCUGUAUCUAUUGCUCCCAGUGGUGCUAGAUUCGCAGUCGAUGCUGAGAACAAGUGGGUUCAAUGGAUGGACUUUUCAUUCUUCGUCGGCUAUCAGCGUGAUACAGGUCUCAGUUUGUGGGACAUCCGCUAUAAAGGCGAAAGAGUACUGUACGAAUUAGGACUGCAGGAAGCACUAGCUCACUACGCUGGUCAAGAUCCUCUUCAGAGUGGUACUGCCUAUCUGGACAGCUACUAUGGUUUUGGCCCUUACGCCUUCGAGCUCGUGAAAGGCUAUGACUGCCCAGCAUAUGCUACCUAUCUCAACACCUCCUUCUACGUGUCAGAGACAAUGCACACGCAUCUGAAUAGUCUUUGUCUGUUCGAGUACACUGCCAACUAUCCUCUCCAACGACACAGCACCUCUGAUUACGUCAGUGCGACGAAGAAUACUUAUUUCACUAUUCGGUCUGUCAGUACUGUUGGAAACUAUGACUACAUGUUCUCUUACUCGUUUUACAUGGACGGAAGCAUCAAUGUCGAGGUUCGCGCUUCGGGAUACAUCCAGAGUGCUUACUACGCCAACAACGAUGAAUACGGUUACAAGAUUCACGACAAUCUGUCUGGAAGUAUGCACGAUCAUGUCUUGAACUUCAAGGCAGACUUCGAUAUUCUAGGUACCAACAAUACAGUCGCUGUUGUGAAUCAGGUACCCGUCUCGACGACAUAUCCAUGGUCUAACGGAAAAGCGCGUAACACGAUGAAACUCGAGAAGUCUUACAUCACCUCAGAAGACGCAAGUCGUUUGUUCUGGGGACAAAAUAGCGCGACUCAGUACAGCGUGAUCAACAAAGAUGCAGUGAACAAGUACGGAGAGUACCGAGGCUACCGCAUCUCACCCUCUCUCGGAGCCAUCCAUCUCACGGUCGAAGACUCGAGCAACUUGGCCAAUGCCGCCCGCUGGGCAAGCCACGAUCUUCAAGUCACCAAGCAGUACGACACAGAGCCUCGAGCCGCACACGCCUACAACAAUCAAGAUGUGCACAACCCACCCAUCAACUUCGACGCCUUCUUCAACAGCGAAAACCUGACUCAGACUGAUCUCGUACUUUGGCUGAAUUUGGGAAUGCAUCAUGUCCCCCAUACUGGUGACUUGCCCAACACAGUCUUCUCGACAGCUCAUGCGGGUCUCUCCUUUUCACCUUUGAACUAUCUCGACGGUGACCCGAGCCGUCAGACAGUCAAUCAAGUCAGGAUCGACUAUGGAGGCGGCAAUGUGAGCGCCGUAGAGACUUUCGGGCAAGAGCAGGGUACUUGUGCUGUCAACUUUAGUCCUGUGGAAGUGGAUCUUUGGGGUUACAAGGGCGAUGUGGUGGUCAGAAAGUUCCCUUUUGAUCCGAACAACCCGUACUAUGAGACAGACGCCAUUGUGUAG